CCUCUUUGAAACUAUCCCGACCAGUACCUCCCAUCCACCGCCAUCAGAACCCCUUCCUUCGCAAGUGCCACAGCUCCUCUUCAACCCUCCAAGCGAACCAAUAAUCCCCACCUCAAACUUCUGCACCUUCGCCGACCAUGGCCGGUUUGAAAACCAUCAUCGCACUGUCCUUUGUUCUAGCGAUAGGCUUCCUCCUCGUCAUCCUUUCCUCGGCUCUCUACGCAAAUUACUACCCUCUCUUGGUCGUCGCAACAUAUAUUCUGGCGCCACUCCCAAACGCUGUCUGUGCACGAUGCUCCAGCCCUGAUGAUUUUAUCGAUGGGUCCGGAAACGGAGUGCUCGACUUUGGCAGGUUCCUUACGGGUUUCUUCGUUGUUAUGGGAAUUGCUCUUCCGGCUUUAUUGGCACACUCUGGUAUCAUCGUUGUGCCUGCUAUGGUUAUGUCGAUUAUUGGUGGUCUCUUGAUAUAUGGCACUAUUAUUUCUUUCACGAUGUUUUUCCAGGAGGAGUCAGAUUUUUAGGUGUGGUCAGAAACUGCCGUAUAAUGGCAGAGUUUUGUCGAGGCCGUGCAGAUUGCAGGGAGGAAGGGAUGUCAGGCGAAGGAGAGCCAUAAAACAAGUGUCCAGAUGGACAAAUGAACAAAUGGAUGGAUGGAUGAAUGAAUGCGAGUGUACUAUAUGCAGGGAAAUCACACGGACGGGUUCGGAUAUGGUUUGGGCUUUUCAGUUGCUGGCAGUUAUUUAGCGGUGUAUAUCGUUUGACCUUUUGUUUCUUCUUUCCUUUGGUUUCCUUUUUGGUUACGGUACUUUACUCGAGUACCAUAGGGGAGUCGGUGGGAGUUCGGCUUGCUUGCUUUCAUAGUGAUCGGAGGCUGCCGCGCGAUAUCAGUAGUCUUGCGUACCAGUAUUUAUCUGUGGAAUAGUACGGUUUUUUCUCACGCG